AUGAGGAUACAACUAAAAAAUGAGGAGCGACAAGCUAUUGCAGAAUGGCUUUUGAAGGAAAGUAAUGGAGGAAAACUAAAACGUGGGUCUCUAAAACAAGCAGAGAUUUUGUUCCAUACUCCAAAUAGAACAAUGAGACGAAUUUGGAGACAAGUAAGAUCAAGUAUUUCUCAUGGUAAUUCAUUAGAUGUGUCUACUAAAUAUGUAGGCAUAGUUGGGAGAAAACGAGUCCACAUCGACGUUAAUCUGGUCAAGGAAAACCCUCUUUGUCGUCGAAGAAAUAUUCGAUCUCUAGCUUGUGCUAUAAAUAUGUCAUCAUCAACAGUUCAUCGGCGUGUCAAAGAAGGAGCUAUUAGGUCACAUACUAAUGCCAUAAAGCCUUAUUUGACAGAGACAAAUAAGAAAGCAAGAGUUCAAUUCUGUCUAUCAAUGAUUGCGUCCGGUACACUCCAUUCAAAUCCUAUGUUUAUUGAUAUGUAUAAUUAUGUUCAUAUGGACGAAAAAUGGUUUUUUCUAACCAAAAAAUCUGCAAAGUUCUACCUUCUUCCUGAAGAAGAAGAGCCAAACCCGUAUAGAUCUUGCAAAAGUAAAAAUUACAUAACAAAAGUUAUGUUUAUGAGUGCUGUUGCGCGACCUAGGUUUGAUGAAGAUGGAGUUCAGUUAUUUUCUGGAAAAAUAGGCAUCUUCCCUUUUGUUCUUCCAGCGAUUCAAUCAAAGUGGCCACUUUCGGAUUCAAAUUCUCCUAUUUUUAUUCAACAAGAUAAUGCAAGACCUCAUCUUAGUGUUGAUGACUUUGAAUUUAAUGAAGCUGCUCAACAAGAUGAAUUUGAUAUUAGGCUAUGUUUUCAACUUGCUAAUAGUCCUGAUCUAAAUGUUUUGGAUCUUGGAUUCUUUAGAGCUAUCCAAUCCCUUCAACAUACUAUGGCACCUACAAAUAUUGAUGAGUUAAUUAGUGCAGUUGAGAAAUCCUUUAAUGAGAUGGAAGUUGAACGGUUGAAUCAUGUGUUUCUAACUCUACAAUCUUGCAUGGUCGAGGUGAUGAAAGAUAAAGGUGGGAACAACUACAAAGUGCCACAUAUGAAAAAAGACAUGCUAGAAGGACAGGGAAAUCUUCCUAUUCAAGAGUAUAGUUUUUGUUUUCUAAUGACAGUUGUGCUUCUUAGUUCACUAAUCUUGGCUGUGAGUAUUACUUUGCUUUCCUUGUCUACUGUUUUUGGACACCAAAGGGAACACAGGGGUUCCUCUGCUCCCAUUCCUUCUCCCCUUUUUCUUUCGUGA